AUGAGAAGAGGGAUUCUCUCUGUGCUCUUCUUCGUCGUCGUUUUACUGUGCAACGCUUCGACUUCGUCUUCGUCAUCUGAAGUGAUCACAAUAAAGCCAAGACAUUUGUCUCUGCUAAAGAGUGCUUUACAACGGUCCAGUGGAGAACAAUCUGAUCUUUGGAGGCCAUUGACUGAUCAAGGAUGGAGUCCAUGUAUUGAUAUCGGAAACCCUCCUUCGUUACCGGAUAAAACCGAGGGAUACAUUCAGGUAUUCCUUGACGGAGGACUUAACCAGCAGCGAAUGGGGAUUUGCGAUGCAGUUGCGGUUGCUAAGAUACUAAACGCAACACUCGUGAUCCCUCAUCUUGAAGUCAAUCCUGUUUGGCAAGAUUCAAGUGCUUUUGUUGAUAUCUUCGAUGUGGAUCAUUUCAUCGAGUCUUUAAAGGAAGACAUAAGAGUGGUUAGAGAACUUCCUGAGGAGUACUCAUGGAGCACAAGAGAGUAUUACGCUACAGCUGUCCGUGAAACACGAGUCAAAACAGCUCCUGUUCAUGCUUCUGCCAAUUGGUAUAUCGAGAAUGUCUCACCUGUUCUUCAAAGUUAUGGGAUUGCUGCGAUAUCUCCAUUCUCUCACCGUCUCUCGUUUGAUCACUUACCUGCUGAGAUCCAACGGCUUAGAUGCAAAGUAAAUUUCCAAGCUUUACGCUUUGUCCCUCACAUUACAUCGCUUGGUGAUGCUCUUGUGAGCCGUCUUAGAAACCCUUCAUGGAGAAGCAACAAGGAGAGAAAGAACGUUGAUCAUUUAGCAGACAUGACCAACUCACACAGCAGACAAGAGAAAGGAAAAUUCGCUGUUCUUCAUCUUCGUUUCGACAAGGACAUGGCUGCACAUUCGGCGUGUGAUUUCGGUGGAGGCAAAGCCGAGAAACUAGCGUUGGCGAAGUACAGACAAAUGAUUUGGCAAGGAAGAGUGUUGAAUUCUCAAUUCACAGACGAAGAGCUGAGAAGCCAAGGACGUUGUCCUCUGACACCAGAAGAAAUGGGACUUCUUCUAGCUGCUUUCGGGUUCGACAACAACACGCGUCUCUAUCUCGCGUCCCACAAGGUCUACGGAGGAGAAGCGAGAAUCUCAGCGUUGAGACAAGUGUUCCCAAGAAUGGAAGACAAGAGGAGCCUAGCUUCUUCUGAAGAACGAGCUCGGAUCAAAGGCAAAGCUUCUUUGUUAGCUGCGCUUGAUUACUACGUGAGCAUGCACAGCGACAUAUUCAUCUCUGCGUCGCCUGGAAACAUGCACAACGCUCUUGUUGGUCAUCGGACGUUCGAGAAUCUCAAGACGAUUAGACCGAACAUGGCGUUGAUCGGACAGCUUUUCCUCAACAAGAGCAUCGCGUGGGUCGAUUUUCAGCAGGCGCUUGGUGAAGGACACGUGAACAGACAGGGACAGAUACGGUUGAGGAAAACGAAACAGUCGAUCUAUACGUAUCCUGCUCCUGAUUGGUUUCGAUCAAUCUGGAGGAUGUCGAAGACCCAGAUGCUACCAUGGGGUUGGCGUGGUACGACUGUGAACGCGAUGCUUUUGAUCCUCAACUUCUUUUGGUCAAGCUUUUUGCUAGAUUGGGGCUUCAUCGUUACAACAUGUCCAAGUGGCACAAAGUUUAAGCUUCACCGCCUGAAGAAAUACAACAAGACAAUGGGUUGCCUGUGCUAUUAUUACGUAACUCUGGUUGCUUGCGAUCCAGCUACUCCCACUUCGCUCGUAAAUUUUCAGUCUGGAGUUAGUCAAUUAGUUUUUGGCAUAUUGAGUGCCAUGUGCUUCGUUGCUAGGCCUCAAGGUGCCCCAAAGGAGUCAUUGCCAUUCGAUCCUCUGGAUUUGAAACAACCCAAUGAAGGUCGAAGAUUUAAUUGGCCGUCAGAUUUCAGUGAUAGGAAUCGGUUUUACAUUCUCACUGAAUCAGAGCUGCAAGACAAUGAUUGGCCUCGUCUAUAUUUGGAACUUGCAAUUUGCGAAACUGAUAGGGGGAUUUUUUUGGAUAGCGUUAUGGCCAAGUUGCAGAUUCUGAAAGUGGCCAUAGAAACUUCUGAUGAAGACGUGGAGCCGCUCCAAGCCAAGAAUGCAACCGUCUACAUAAAGUUUAAGGGCUUGGCCUAUGCUGUGUAUGGUGAGCUUGGUGCCCAUAUUGAACGCAAAAUGGUUGUUAAAAGAAGCAUCAAUGAGCGUUCUGGAUGCUUGACUCUCGUUGGUGGCUAUGGUUUUUCCAUUGGAGACAACACUGACCGGCGUUCUAUGACUUCCCCCGGCUCUGAUCGGAAGCCUGGAGAUUCAAUUUUCUGUUCCAAGGCUGCUGGUUAUGAUCGCCCUCACAAUAUUCCUCUCCCUCCUUUCGGCGUGACCAAACCCAAACCAUCCCAGUCCUAA